AUGGCAUUCGCCACCACCAUUUAUGCGUUCGUAUGCUCCGUGAUGGUGCACAUCGGGAUUCUCAAGCCUAUUCCCAACAUCCAGACGACCGACGAAGUGUCUGCUCCGGAGACCAUCCAGCAGCGCAGCAGGACGGAGAGCAUGAAGUCUGAUGGAAGCGACGUUGACUCGGACGCCGAGUCUGACGGCUCUGAUGGAUCUCCCCGCUUGCGUGGUCGUGCAGACACGAGAGCCACGGCUGGUCCAAGCACAAAGAAGACCGACAAAAAGAAGGGUAAACCCACAUGCGAUAAAUUCAACUCGAAGAAGGGCUGCAAUGUACAGAACUGCAUGAUGGACCACGUCUGCAGCGUAUGCUUCAGAAACCACUCGGCGGUCAACUGCGAUGCGAAGAAGUAG